CGGCUCUUUUGAUCCUGCGGUAGUUUAACGAAGCAGGGCGGUUUGUUUACAUGAUGGAAGGAAAAAGUGACAGGCUGCUGAUUGGCUGCCGCUCCCGGGCCCGAUCACAUCCCAGUGUGAAUGAGACGCUUCGUGUGGAAAACCUGACCCACAUUAUCGCCGUGGACGUCUCUGUGAGCAGCCUCGGGUCCGUGCGUGGGCUCCCAGCCACAAAGCGGCUCUUGAUACCUCAUUGGCCGGUGUGACCCCCGCAGGCCCGCCACCUCCCGGGGUGGGUCCUGAUUGACCUGCGCUGACGGCUCCCAGGGAGAAAAUGGGCUCCACUGCUGCCCUCAGCUAAAGAGCUAAGCCCUACCGUUUCCUCCCCCACCUCCUCAACAUCACUGUUCAUUGCUCUGUUGUGAACCGUGAUUCCCUCCAAACGAUUUGCUUUAGAGUACUAUGGCAAUGCAUGAUAUGAGUCGUGCCAAGGGUUUCCCCUGUAAAGAAUGUGAUAUGGUUUGCCCGAGUACUCCAAGUCUUCUAGAACAUAUGAAAGCACAUUAUCAGCAAGAAGAGACCGGUCGUUUUGAGUGUGAACAGUGUGGACGAAUUUAUAAACACGCAGCUAGUCUAGCCAAUCAUAAAAAAUCUCACGAAGUUGGAUCAUUCCAGUGUCCUGUUUGUACACGUACGCUGCCCAACGCAGUAGCUUUGAAAAAUCACUUACGGAUCCAUACUUUAUCCCCUAGUAGUGCACACACAGAGGAAGAAAGCGAGGAAGUGCCCGAAGAAGCCGGCCACGACGAGAGGGACUACGGUCUCACCCAGGACCUCUCGGACGGGUUUGGGCGCUCCCAUUUGAACAAUAGUGGUAUGGGACAUAGUGUCCUGCAAAGCCACGAGACAGACGAACACGGAAAAAAAGGCUCCCCUGAAUCCGACGACGCUUGGGACAGACCUUUCAAGUGUGAUCAGUGUGACAGAACUUACCGACACCACGGUAGCCUGGUGAACCACAAGAAGUGUCACCAACAAGGAACGUUUAAGUGCUCUGUGUGUUUCAAACAAUUUGGCAACCUGGCUGCCUUAAACAGCCACGAGAGAACUCACUCGAAGUUCAAGACCCCUGGGGCCUCAAUGGUGAGCAGCAGCAGUAGCAGCAGCAGCCUCCACGACUCGGAGCGCAGCACUGGCACUCAGUCGUCUCAAAGUGAAGACACCACCGCCUGUUUCUGCCACCUCUGCCAGGUAGCGCUGCCAAAUAAGGCAGAUUUCCAAGAACACAUUCUGCUGCACAACACUGCUUCACCUACCCUCAGCCUGCCACGGAGUUUUCCAGGCAUCAUGCCUCAUAAUCUGAGUGCUGUCCGAUCCCCGGCAUACACGCCGGCGCUGGGGGACCCUCUGCCUCUGCCUCUGCCACCAGUGCCGACUGAGAAGAGGGGCCCCUAUGACCCCAUUAUGGGCCCUCCAGUCAACAACCCCAUCUAUACAUGUGCAUACUGUGGCGCCGGACACCCAGAUCUGGAGACACUGAAAGUCCAUUAUCUAACUCAUGAUCCCCACCCUCCCUCCCAUAGUCAGGACAGCUCCAUCCUCAACUCGGAGACUCUAAGUUCUGGAUCCCAGAGCUCGGUGGCCUCCCCGUCAGGAGGUCGUGUGCCCCAGGCUAAUUCUCCAGAUGAUGAAGAGCGGCGCUUUAAGUGUGGGGAGUGUGGCAAAAGUUACCGGCAUGCAGGAAGCCUGGUCAACCACAAACGCUGCCACCAAACGGGCCACUACCAGUGCACCAUCUGCUGUAAGCAGUACCCUCACCUGGCAGCACUACAUAGCCACCUACGAAGCCACAAGGGUCGUCCUUCCAAUCAGCCUAUUAACAAUGACAGCAACGACUGGCUAUCCCCAGAGCCCCUGACUCUGGACUCGCAGCAGAGCUACGUCCAGGAAGGUAGUGGUGCCACCACUCCAAUCUCCCUGCCAGGAAAUCUCGGCGAAGCUGCCCACUUUGUACCAGACGGAGGCCACAGCAGUGGGCUAGACUCUCUUGAGUUCCAUGAUCGCUUUGAUGGCAGCUCACUCUCCCAGAGCAGCUCUGCUCACCGGCAAGCCGACAGACACGUAUGUGCCGACUGCGGUGAGAUGUAUGGCGAUGUGUCUGGCAUCAAGUCGCACAUGUGUCCCCGCCGUGGCCAGCAGCAGCAGCAGGCCACUAUGUCCAAUGGUUUUAUGGGGAAUAUGAACUACCAUAGCUCCAGUGGAACCUCGCUGCCUGCUGGAAGCUCCAGCAGCCUGAAAGAAGGCGGCAGUCAACGGCAGUAUCCUCAAAGUGGAGGCAAGAGAAUGGGAAGCAAUGACAAAGAGGACGAUGAUGAUGGAGAGGUGUAUCAGUGCUCAGUUUGUGGCAACCACUAUGCUAGUUUGAGAGCUCUCAGAAGUCACCUGCGUAGUCAUGCCAACAACCCCACAGGGCCAGGACCCUCCAACCUGCAGCAGGACUGGAGGAUGAUCUGCUGUACCUGUGGCCAGACUUUUGCCAGAAAGCAGGAUCUCCUGAAUCAUCAGUUAAUCCAUGGGCCCCAAAGGCCAGAUGGUCAGCAACAGGGUAUUGCAGGGAGUUCUGCCAACGGCAACGAAAAGAUGGAUGGCCGGAGCCACAUUUGUGUUGACUGUGGCAUGUUUUUCGCCGAUCGCCACCAUCUGAUCACCCACCUGUGCCCUGGGAAGAAUCGAGGUAACUCGAUGAACAAGCCCGGCCUAAAUGGAGCCAAAGGGAUGUCUGGAGGAGAGGGCGUUGGCGGUGGUGUCGCUGGAAGAAGUUGUGACGUUGGCGCAGAUGGACGUAGGCCAAUGGUUGAUCAGAGUGACAAGCCCCACAAGUGUGACCAAUGUGGGCGAGGAUACAGACAUCCAUGCUCUCUCCUUAACCACAAGAAGUCCCACAAGACCGGUGUUUUCCGUUGCCUUGUCUGCCAAAAACGUUACUACAACCUGCUGGCUCUCAAGAAUCACCAAAGGACCCACUUUGACUUAAAGAGGCACAAGUGUGAAGAAUGUGGCAAAGCCUUCAAGAUCCAAAAGCAAUUGAUCAACCAUCUCCGUCUCCAUGAAGAACACCGAGCCAAAGGCCUUGUUCGGACCGGCCCAAAUGGUUCCCGCUUCCAGCAGCCUGACCCAUCUCAAAUGCAGACUAUGAGGGGGGAGCCAUCGAAGGGCCAGGUGAUGGGGGUCAAAUACAGCCACCAAGGGUUCAAAAAGCCCUACUCGUCAGCCGGUACUUCCAGACCCCAGAAGUUUGAUCCUGCCGAAAGUGCACGGCGGCCGUUUGCCUGUGAAGAAUGUGGAAAGACUUACCGCCAUGCGGGCAGCCUGGCCAAUCACAAGAACCUUCACAAAAUUGGAGAGUACCACUGCAAUGUUUGCAACUCUACAUAUCCGAACAGGCUGGCAAUGAAAAACCACCUUCGUCUCCAUUUUGCCCAAAAGAAGCACAACUGCCAAGAGUGUGGCAAGGGCUUCCGCACCCAAAGGCAGCUCGCUACCCACACUACAGCCGGCCUGUGCAAAGGCCCACAAGGCCCUGGCGCUCAGAUGGAUUUCGAGUGCGACGGCUGCUGCGAAGGCUUUGCCACAGCUGACGAGCUCGCGGCUCAUGACUGUCCAGCCCAGCACCUGCCUUCAUCGUCCUCCACCAACACCUCGACAACCAUCAGUACCGAGAAGAACUCGGUAGACAUGGACUCUGAUGAGAGGCCCUAUGCCUGCGACCUAUGCAGCUGCGCCUACAAACACGCCAGCUCCCUGUUGAACCACAAGCACACCCACAAGACCGGAAACUUCAGGUGCAACUUCUGCGACAAGCCCUAUACCAACUACAUGGCUCUACGCAACCACAUGCGCAUCCACACGCAGCGGAAGAAGCACAUCUGCCACACAUGUGGGAAAGCCUUCCGACUGGCCCGGUUCCUCCGCAACCACCAGAAAGUCCACGAGGAAGGUGCCACCCCGUUUGGCUGCCCCACCUGUGGGAAGAGUUUCCAGGGGAGGUCCGGUCUGGCCAGGCACCGCUGCGGGGACAACCAGGUAGGCAUGGAAGUCAGGAGGAAGGCCACUGCACCCACGGGAGAGGGCGAAGAGUGUCGGUACACAUGUGAUCAGUGCGGCCGUUCCUACCGCCAUGCCAGCUCCCUCCUCAACCACAAGAACACCCAUACUGUCGGCAUCUACCACUGCGCCGUGUGCCUCAAGACCUACUCCAACCUGCUUGCCCUGAAGAACCAUCGCCGUAUCCACUCUGAGACGCGGCGCCACCGAUGCCACGACUGCGGAAAGGCCUUUCGAGUUUCCUCCCAGCUCUACAACCACCGGCGUGUCCACCAGAAGCAGCGGGAGCUGACCUGCCGGUCCUGCCAGCGAGCCUUUCCCACGCAGGCUAGCUUCAGGCUCCACAUGGAGAUCACUCAUGGCCAGACACCGCAGCCCCGCCAGCCCAGAACCCAGCAGCCCCGCCCAGGGGGCUCCCAGGACCUGGGCUGGGGGUCAGGCCUGGACCUCACCCUGAUGCAAGAGCAAGGACUCAAUCCCAGCAACGUGGCCAAAGUCCGCGGCCAAGGGAGCAACAGCGAGGUCGUCAAGUCCCAUGUCUGUGACCAGUGCGGUCGCUCGUACCGCCACGCCAGCUCCCUGCUCAACCACAAGAACAGCCACAAGACCGGGACCUACUUCUGCAGCUCGUGCCAGAAGGAGUUCCCCAACCUGAUGUCCCUGAAGAACCACCGGCGCAUCCACACUGAGCCCAAACGCUACCAGUGUCCCGACUGCGGGAAGUCCUUCAGGGUGUCCACUGCGCUCAUCUGUCACUGCCGCAUCCACACCAAGGAGAAGCCGUUCUCCUGCCAGCAGUGCGACAAGCGCUUCUCCUCCAAGUCCAACCUGAGGCACCACAUGAAGGUGCACUGGAAGAGCCCGCUGCUGUCCAGAAGCCGGCCGUCGGCCUUCCUCGCCGUCUCCUCCAGACCUUUCUGACCAUCCGGCCUCGCAGUUCUCCGAGCUCGGACCGCAUCGUCUCCUCCAACAUGUUACGACCCUGCUCAAAAGCCGCAACAUAAAAAAGGCGACAAAUACCACACCGGACUAGGUGUGGCCAAUUAGCACCGUGUGAGCACAUUGAGGAGAUUAGGGGCGUAACAAACAAUAUGACCGUAUAAUUCAACCUCCAUUUAUUCCUUCCGGCUGAAAUCUGAACUAAGAUCCACAUUCAGGAAAGUUUCCCCAAAUCCAAAGUGCUUCAUUUGUGAUGUCACAGUUCAGAGGGCGAAUCAGCAGAGAUCCUCACGUACCUGUUAGCUGCCUCGGCUGUUAUCCUUACUUUAAACUAACGGAGAGCUUGGUGCUCAUUGAUUGGCUGGGCUAACCGUGUCAGACUUUUGGUUUACAUCUGGUUUUGAUUUCUUCAGUUCCUGUCUGGUGAGAUUAGGGCACCAAAACCUGAUGAGGCUGAGGUUCAGCUUAGAUUAGCUAGACACAGAUGUCCUGUGGACGAGGUGGCUCGGCCAAGCCGUAAAUAUGGUGGUGAGGAUGGUAAAUGGCCUGUAUUUGUAAAGCGCUUUACUAGUCCCUACGGACCUCAAAGCCCUUUACACAUUCAGUCAUCCACACAUUCACACACGAGGACUUAUAUGAUCUUUUAACAACCUGAUGACGUUUGAAGUGGCUGAGUUUAAGCAGCGGCCUGUAGUUUGUGUAGUUACCAGGCAACCUGAUGAUCUUCAUAUUAGCCAGCGUAUAAAUGAUGUCGUCCGUUGGUUUCUGAAUAUUUGAAACCUCGGUGUUGGCGCCGUGUUGGGUUUGAAGUGGCCAUGUUUGAAUAACAGCUGGGUUGUUAUCACAGACGGAGUUACCUGCUAACCAGUGCUCAGUAACAUCCAAUGAACAAUCUCAGAUUUCACUGUGCACCUAAACUCUUGCCCCGCCUCCUCAGACCGUCUCUUAGCAGCAGACGUUUUAUUGGUCUGAAGCCUCACAGACAGCUAGCAGCCGCAGCCGCCUGUGUCACCAUCCAUCUGUCAGUCAAAGAGGCCACGCCCCCAUACAUAGCAGGCCACAUAAAACUGGAGCCAUGCAGCUGUUUUGUUGUCUCUAGUGGACGUUAGAGAAAGUGCAGGUCGCCUGCUUCGCCCAGGAAGUGUAAAACUAAAUGUUGAGCAUUUCCAGCAUUUCUUUGAUAGAAUAUUUCAUCAUGUUCACCAACUGCAGCAGAUUUAUGCAAGUCAGAGGAAACUGAAACCCUCACAGCUGGUGUUCAGGUUUGCUGUGUGACGAUGACCUCUCCGGACUUUUGCUCCUGGUGGGUCCUCGACUUCCUCCCCGGCGAUACUAACGGUGCUCAGGUCUUUGACCCCGCCUCAGUCGGACCUCUCUGAUGGAUGGCAGCAGACACCAGGUGGAUUGUGGGUCUUUUUAAAAGAUGUUCUGUGUUUCUGAUUAUUGCUAAGGAUGAAAACUCAGCACGUGUGGUCUGUGAACUUCCUGGAGGCCUCUGUUCACCUUUCUCCUCACCUGGUCCCCAAAAUAAAAUCCAGUUAAAUAUGGAGGCCGAGUGCUGUCACUUCACAGGAGAAAAUUGAUCUUGUAAUAAUAAUAAUUUGUUUCUUAUAAUGAUGUGAAGUUUUCUAUUUUUUUCUUUGUAAUUAUAACAUCAAGUAACUGUUAAGGUUUAGAUGUUUGUAGACGAGCUCCGGUGUGUAAAUUAAAGCUCUGAUAGGUACUUAGGUGAUUACUAUUAGAGAAAUAAAUGACGUCAUACUGUGUGAUAAUCUGGGGAGUAAUUUG